AGCAAAUGUGCCAUGCAAACCUCCAACUAAACUACACAGACGUCCUAUCGUCGAGCAGGUGUUAGGUCACCUGUGGUCACAUGACUUUCUCACAUGUUUCCUUAGCCUACAUUUAGGUUUUAGGACUGUGGGGGCAAUAGUUGAAACCACAUAAUGUCAAGGAAGACUCAAAGGGCUGUGGUUGAACAACGCCCGUAGUCUACUCAAUCUCCUCGUGUUUUCGGGCUAUUUCUUAGUUGUGAAACAUUCAUGCCUCUGACGGCGCAGUCCAGUAGGCGAAUUAGUCAGAUCACGAGAACAGAGAGACUUCCGCCUUUCCUUCAGUAGUAGAUUCUACAUCGCCCUGUCUUCACAGACCUGGACAAAAUGUCCCUUUUGUCUGUUUGCAUUUUCUUGACUUCGACAUUGACAGUUGUAUCGACGCAGUACAUUCCACCGUACACAGAAGAAUGCAGAACUGGCAUGUAUCCACCUCAGGGUCCAACGUUCAAAGGUGCAGUUACCUUGUACACAGUUGACCUAGAUUUGCCCCCAAGCAAACGAUGGACAGCCCUAAUGACAGACAAAAAGGAUGAGAUGUCCAGCAUGAUCAAAGUUAUAAAGGAUUUGGCAGAUGCCUUUGUUCCCAGUGGGAAACUAAUUGAGUUUGUUGACGCAUUUCUGCCUCUAAUCGUCGAUACUCUUCCAUAUCCAUUCAACGAGGAACUCAAAGGAAUAGCGUCAGCCACUGGGGUGCCUCUGGGUGAGGUGGCACUUUUUAAUCUCUUCUAUGAAGUGUUCACUGUGUGCACUUCAAUUGUUGCAGAAGACCCGGAUGGUAAUUUGAUCCAUGGCAGAAAUUUGGACUUUGGACUGUUCUUGGGGUGGGACGUAAAGAACAAGACAUGGGCGAUCACUGAGAAGCUGAGGCCCCUGGUUGUUAACGUUGACUUCCAAAGGGGCAACCACACCGUCUUCAAGUCCACAGCCCUUGCUGGAUACGUGGGCAUGCUGACGGGCAUGAAACCACACUCCUUUUCCCUGACUGUCAAUGAGCGCUUCAGUCUGAACGGUGGCUACAUUGGUAUCAUAGAGUGGCUAAUGCACCACAGAGAUGCUAUGUGGAUGGGCUUUCUGACGCGCAGUGUUUUGGAAAAUGCCACAAGCUAUGAGGAGGCAAAGGCUGUGCUGUCUACAACAAAGCUGUUGGCUCCGGUCUACUUCAUCUUGGGAGGGAACCAGACGGGCCAGGGUUGCAUCAUCACCCGUGCCAGGAAGGACAAUCUGAAACCACUGGAGCUGAACUCAAAGCAGGGCAGGUGGUACCUGCUGCAGACCAACUAUGACCACUGGAAGAAGCCGCUGUUCCUCGAUGACCGUAGGACACCUGGCAUGAAGUGCAUGAAUCAAACCCUACAGUCGAACAUCUCUUGGAAGAGCCUGUAUGAUGUGCUGUCAACUAAGCCAGUUUUGAACAAGCUGACCACCUACACCACAUUGAUGGACGUAUCGAAUGGCAAGCUGGAGUCUUUUGUACGAGACUGCCCCAGCCCAUGCAUGCCAUGGUGAAGUUAAAGCCAUAGUCCAUGUCUCGCGGGCCAUUUACGCCCCUUGAGGCCGUUGUAUUCGGCCCCCGAUGUAAUUUUAAUGUUAUGCAGCUUCACAUGAAAUAUGACAUUUUGUAAAGGAAUCUUAGAAAUUACAUUUGCAAUACAAUGAAGUUAUAUUCAGGAGAGAGAAGGUGGGGUCUAUUUUAAAGGUGGCUGCGGAAGUGUGUGCGGAAAUCCUGGUUUGUGUUCAUAGUACGGCCAUAGAGGUAGAAAAUAACACUAGAGAGGACCCCGCCCCCCUUUUUACGGCAAUCUGUAGCAGCCAUUAUCUGUAGGUAGAUCAGAGAAAUGGAAAUAAACGGAGAACGAGGCUCACCUCUGUCAAAAAUGGCUUAAUCAUGUGAAAAUGUCCAUCAACACACUAUACAAGGACAAUAGUUUAAGUGUGUUGCCAACUAUGUUCAUAAAAUAUAUUAUUUGAUUUUUAAAUGUAUUUUAUCGACUCAUAUGAUUUAAGUAAAUAUUUAGCCUGACAUUUCAAAUCUGGUCUUUGAUUAAAGUGUUACUUCAUAUUUACACAGUUUUAGUCAAUUUCUUGACAGGGGUGGGCAUGUUCUCCAUUGACUUGCAUUGCCUACACUACCUACGGAAGUUGGGAAGCUCCAGCUGCCAUUUCCCAGUGCUGUCGCAAAUUGCUGUGUCCUCUCUAGUGUUAUUUUCUACCUCUAUGAGUACGGCCCUCUGAGGACUUUAACGGCUCUUGGCCUUGGAGGAAUUUGAAGUGGCCCCUUGAAUGAAAAAGGUUCCCCAUCCCUGCCGUAGUGAGAUGGCUUAUUAAACUAUGCAACAAUCACAGAUAACUGUCAAGAGCCGCAAAAAGCCUUAAUAUGCAACAGGAAUUAGUCAGAACAUGUCUGAUCAAUCUGAUCACAGAAAUCAUGAAAUCAGCCAUCAUUAAGUGACCAUUACUACUAUUAAGAUUUCGAUGGCCAGCACAUUAUUGCACUUUAUACGAUCUAGCUUUUCUUACCUGUCCCACUACUUGGUACACAUGGUGUGGGUUGAUUUAAAAACAGUACAGAGAUGCCUUUUUAUUUAGCAUUUUGUAACCUUCAGAGUACCUCAGACGUUACUUACUACAUUCUGUAUGAAUACUUAAAAAAAAAUCAAUAAUUGAAAUUGGUCAAAUAAAACCAAGAAUUUGAAAUCAUUUGUGCUUUUUUCAAAAGCUGCACUGACGUUAGUUACACUUCAUCACAUAUUUGAAUUGUAAUUUGACUGCUGUUCCAAUAAACACUGGAAAAUGUU